UACACCCGUAAAUUGCAACCUCGUCUUAAAGUCAGGAACCGUGCAUUCUACCGAAAGCAGAUCGCCAGUAUGUAUAUAAAGAAGAGAGCUGCUCUUAUGAACCAGUUGCGAGGCGCAUUGUGGAUUUGUACAACUGCCGAUGGAUGGACUUCUAGGCGGCGGGCGUUCAUCGGCAUCACUGCCCACUGGAUCGCUCCAAACCUGAAAAGGCGUUCCGUAUGCCUUGCCGUAAGACGCGUCAUAGGAAAGUGUGAUUUUGAAAUUAUUGCCAAGCUCCUAGAAGGUGUGUACGAAGAAUACGACAUCCUUCACAAAUUGACGGCAACGGUGACGGACAACGGAAGCAAUUUUGUGAAAGCAUUUCGUCUCUAUGGAUCCUCGUCUCUCCACUCCACCAUCGAGAGAUCCACUUCGACUCAAAAUCAAAAUGCGCCUCUAAGGGCAGCUUCAUUGGACGUUUUGAACGCGUCCACCUCUAGGACGACUCUGCAGCCAGUAAAUGUCAGGUCAAACAGGAUGGUGACCGGAGAAGACAACAUCGCCGCUCUUCUAGAAGAUGAGCUUUCUGAUUUUGAAGAGACCGAUGAUGAGAUCGAUUCGUUAUCUGAUCAUGACCAUGAUAAGGAAAAGGAGGAUCAAGGAGAAUCUGCAACGGAGCAAGAGAGUGAAUCCGAAAUUCAAGAAAAUACUGAUGCUGACAUGAAUCCAAUUUCCUUAACGGCAAUCCUAAAUAGUGGUAUUGACGCAACCAACAUUUACAUCCUACCACCUCAUCGUCGGUGUGCAUGCCACACAUUAAACCUGAUUUGCAAGUGUGACAUCUAUAAGGAUCUAGAACCGGCUCUCAAGAACCUAAUGGAGGCAACCGAUAAGAAACUGACUGCUAUCUGGAAUAAGCAAAAUCGAAGCUCUAAGGCUUCUGACACGAUCAUAGAGAGCCUUGGGAUGCUCUUUAUCAUUCAUAAUGAAACUCGUUGGAAUUCUUAUUUCAAUGCCAUGCAACGAGCCAAAUACUUCGUCACAAAGAAAAGGACCGAACUUAAAGCACUUUUUGAACAAUUCGGGAUUGCGUAUUUCCGCCCAGCCGAAGAGGAAUUCAUUCGUGAAUACGUCAAAGUGAUGGAGCCUAUAUCAGAAGCAUUGAAUGUUCUUCAAGCAGACGUCAACAUCUCUAUCGGUUAUUUACUUCCUACGCUUACCAUCCUUCUCAAUAAGAUGGAAAACCUGAAGGAGAAAGGCGGCAUCAAGCACUGCAAACCUCUCCUAAACACAAUGAUCGAAUCAGUAAAGCGAAGAUUUGCUGAAAGUUUGGCUGACGCAGAGUUGCACAUCGCCGCCAUGGUACAUCCUCUCUUCAAGGCAAAAUGGAUGCCGGAAGGCGAGGAGCGUGAUGCUAAAGUCCAAGGUAUUGUAGACGUCUUUCGAUCCUUCAAGAACGACCAAGUUGACUUGGAAAAUAGGAAGCAGUCUUAUUCAGCGGCCGAUGGUAUUCAAAGCGAGGAUUCGGACUACAGCCCGCAGAGAAAGAAGACCAAGAAAGAUUUCUUCAAAUAUUUUGACAAACACAGUACCAGCGGAAUCCAACGAGGUUGAUUUGUUCCUUGCCGACCAGUCUACAAAGAUAAGCAGCCUGAACAAAUACCCAACCAUUAAGGCCAUAUUUAUCAAGUACAAUGCUGCAUUUCCUUCCUCGGCCUCUGUCGAGCGCUUAUUCAGCGUUGCA